AUGGCGCCCCAUGAGCAGCUCGAAUUGGAGACCGGUGUCGGUCCUAGACGAGUGAGUGCGCCGCCAAAUCCUUCCGUCGUGUACCUGUCGUCACAUGCUGACCCAACCUCCCCCAGAUGGGUUGCCAAAGAAGCACGUCCUAUUAGUCUGCGCCAACUUAUGGUCUUUGGUCGUUCUCUCACGGAAUCACGACUUCUCAGCUCUGCAAACUACGUUCGUACGGAGCUGCCAACUAGAAUCGCCCACCGCAUAAGAGAUCUGGAGCAGCUUCCCUACGUCGUCGUCGAGAACCCCCACAUCAAGGAAGUAUACGAGCUCUAUCAAAGAGCCUUCGACACCUUUCGCAAGGUCAAGGAGAUCAAGAGCCUUGAGGACAAUGAGCGCUUCUGCAAGAUCAUCAGCGGCAUGCUGAAGGCGCAUCUGACCGUCAUUCCAAAACUGUCGAUGGGCAUUCUCGAAUCCAGGGGCUUGAUGGAUGCCGAAGACUUGGACAAGUUUAUGAACACCAUCCUCAGAUCUAGAAUCUCCCGUAGAGUCAUCGCCGAGCAACACCUCGCCCUAACAGAAACAUACCACUCCCCCUGGUUCUCCCCAGGGGCGAAGCUCAACGAGUCAGAGUUCAUCGGCGAGAUCUUCAUAAAAUGCAUCGCCCGCGACGUGAUCGAGCGCUGUAGCCACGCAGUCGAGGCCCUCGCCCGCUCCACGUACGGCCGUGACGUCGAGGUCCCCGAAAUCAAGGUCGUGGGCCACCUGGAAGCAAGCUUCCCCUACAUCCUCAGCCAUCUGGAGUACAUCAUCGGCGAGCUGCUCCGCAACUCGGUCCAAGCAGUUAUCGAGCGCCGCCAGCGUAGUAAAAACCAGAGCGGGCCCGUCCCGCCUAUUGAAGUGACCAUCUGCGAGGCCCAGCAACAUGUCAUCAUCCGCAUCUCAGACCAGGGCGGCGGCAUACCCAGAGACGAGCUGCCGUUCCUCUGGUCCUUUAGUAAAGGGCCCCAGAGCGAGCGCCGGCUGGAGAACCUGGGACGGGUCCCUAAACUGGCCGCCACCAUGCAAGAGCUGCACGUCACCGACGAGCUGGGCCGCGCGGACUUGAAGACGCCAAAUUACGGCAGCUCUCUGUCCUCCAUGACUACCCGACCGCCGAACCUGCGUCUCGGCAUGGGUCUGCCCCUGAGCAGGGUGUACGCGGAAUACUGGGCCGGAAACCUCGAACUACACAGUCUCGAGGGCUACGGCGUAGAUGCUUUCCUUCAGAUAUCGAAGCUUGGCAACAAGAACGAACAACUGACCACCAGAGCAUCCAUGGAUGCUGUGUAG